AUGACAUCCCUCGCUCCCACGCUCUCCACCAUUCCGGGCACACCUCCAGCAUCCGCUACUCCAUCGGCCAUCAACUCGCCGCGCGGGCGCUCAGACAGUCUGGAAGAUGUCAGGCCUGGUGCGAGUCCCCUCACAAAUCGCACUGCAAGGCCCUUCUACCCUUCCAGCGGCACCUUCAGCUCCAACUCCAGCUCCAGCUCCAGCUCAAACUCGCACUCGCACCCGCUCUCCAGAAGAGUCAAGCAGAUCCUCUUGGCACCCACGCCAACCGAGCAAGAAAUGCUGGAAACGCGUCAAGCGCUGGACCACAUCGGCCAGGCUUACUCCACCUCGACCUCGACCUCGACCGCGCACGCGAACGCGAACGCGCACGCGAACGCGAACGGCGAGAGGAGCCAUCCUGGCGUAGCGCCCAAGGCUGCGACCACCGUGGACCUGGAACGAGCGAGGAGACGCUUGGAUCGCGAUUUGAGGCGAGAUGCGGAUCACGCUGCCAAAGAUUUCCAAAAGGUGUUGGGCGGCGUGAAUCGGGUGAGUGGUGGGGCUGAUGGUUGAUGGCUGAUUUGCGCGGCUGUGGUGCAUGCGGCCAAGGGACGUCGGUGUGGCCUGCGCUGCGCUGCGCUGCUCUGCUGAGCACGUCGGUUGCGAGACAAGGCCAAGGGCAAAGCGGCAGAAUGGUAGACUGCCGCAUACAACCCACCGAUGAUCGCCUUGCGAUGGCCACGCAAACGUUGCUGAUGAUUCAAUCCUGUGCCGCGCUUCUCUCUUCUGCACCGCACCGCACCGCACCGCACCGCACCGCGCACCUCUUAGGCCCUGGCUGCUUUGGUAGCUAACAACGAAGCAAUGCACGCGGCAGUCAACGACGUCGAUGCUCGCCUGCACGCCGCUUCCAUCGCCAGCGCUCAUUUGAGGGAACAUGCCACCGGUCUGAACAGGCAGAGGUGAGUGUAUGCGCAUCGAAAGGGCGCGGAUUAUUCCCCCCCCUUUCAGCAUCGCUAAGAAGUCUUGAGCGCACCGAUGACCUUUCGCAGAAGCACGGCAGAGAAUCAAAGGCAAAUUUUGCAGCUCUUCCUUCAGCGCUUCACCCUCUCGGCAGACGAGACGAACAGCAUCUACUCGCGCGAUAUGCCUGUGGGCGUCGAGCUGUUUCGUACGAUGGACAGGAUUGAAAAGAUACGCAGCGACUGUCAGGUCCUGCUCGUGGGACGCGAGGUGGGAGAGAAGGGCGGCAUGCGUGCAGGGUGAGCGUCGUCGUGCUGCUGCUGGUUGUGUGAGAGAGACGAGACGCCUUUCAUCUGACUUGACUCUACGCUCGUCCCCCACCCCCACGCAUCAGCAUGGAUCUGAUGGAUACGACGGCGAGCCAACUUGAUGCUGCGCAGAACAAGAUUGCUCGUUGGCUUUCGUUCGAGUUCCGACAGCCGCCCCAAGACGGUAUGGAGGUGGGGCCUGCCAUGAGGGAAUCGGUCAAGCGGCUCGAGACGCGCCCUGAUCUGCUCAGGUGAGGUGCUCGCAUAGCUUGACUCGUACCACUCAUCACUCACGCUUUCGCGCCUGCUGCGGUAGAUCUGCGUUGCAAGUCCUUGCUGGAACGAGGGCAACGUUUCUCUCCCAAGCAUUCCACGCAGCACUCACACAAGGCGGACCAGCACCUUCCUACCUGCCUCGGCCUAUCGAGGUGCACGCGCACGACCCCCAAAGAUAUGUGGGAGAUAUGCUGGCAUGGGUGCAUCAAUCCGUAGCAUCCGAAAGGGAAUUUCUGAUCGGUCUCUUUGGAAGAGAAGAGGAAGAGGUCAAGAUCGGCAGGAGAGUGGGCGAGAGGAGAAAAGGCAUAGAGAGCGUUGACUGGUCCAGCGCGACACUGAGCAGCGGAGAGAGAGAGACAGAGAGAAGGGUGCGGGAAGUGCUCGAUCGAGUGAUGGAAGGGUGCGCCCGGCCGCUCAAGGUACGUUGCUUGGGCAUUUGCAUGCAUGGCAUGGCGAAACAUUUGCUGACGAUACCUUCUUGCGCACAUUGUACGUUUAACAGCUACGAAUUGAACAGACCGUCUCCUCUCAAGAGGGUUGCAUCACCUCGUUCCGACUCGCAAGUCUCGUGCACUUUUACCACAUCACGAUGGAGCGGACAAUUGGGACCAAGGCUGCUCUCAGUAGGAUCCUCAGAGAGUGAGUUCACCGCAAGCGUCCGCUGCGAACAGCGUCGUCGGCGGCGGCUGAUCGGGCGCCUCCAUGCUCCACGCGCAGAAUCAGCGCCACGUCGUACGAGUCCUUCCUCUCUACCCUGGAUCGGCAGGCUCAAGGAUUGGAACGCUUUGCUUCGGGCCCUCAACCUGACUUGAGAGCGCCGCCUUCUUUGCUGGGCGCUUCCAGCACGCUCAAGGAGCUCUUAGCUGUCCAUCACUCCUCCAUCUCCGAACAGGACCAAUUCGGUAAUGCGCUGCCCUUGAUGGGCGAAUCCCGCGGACUAGAAAGAUCGAGUCAGCCUGAUGAAGCGCGCGAGGCGGAUCCUAUGGAAAGGGUGCUCAGCAAGCUUGUGGAUCCCAUGCUUGAGAUGUGUGCCCGCAUGGCAGAAGUGCACAUCAAGAAGGUAUCGAGGAAAUCGGAAAGCUUGGCGAAUUGGGAGGCUGCCAUCUUCUUGUGCAAUUGUUUCGCGCACGUCAAGGUCAGCAGUCUCAUCUUUGGCUUUCUUUCUGCCUGCCUGAUGUAUAGCUGAUGCGCCUCGCUUUCUCUUGCCUCAAGACAAUCCUUGAGCCCUACGCUUUUGCAGCCAUGGCCACCGACAAGAUUCAGAGUUGCAUUCGCGACCAGAUCAAAGACCUGACCAGCGCUCAUGUGAGUCAAUGCCAAUCACGCUCCGGAUGCUUUUCUCAGAAGUCACCAUCCUGAUCAUCGUCCAUUUGCUUCUAUUUGCUACCACUAGCAUGGGCAACUGAAGAAGGAAAGCGGCCUUGAAUCUCUAUUGACUGCCAUCGAGGCAAGACCCACCGGAGUAAGUUCGCCCUGCAAUUCCUUCUGUUGAAUGCACUGCCCAAUUUUAAAAAAUGCACCUCAUUCACACCGCCUUGGCCAAAUCCAGGCUACUCUCGCAUCCCAGACUGCUUCCUCGCCUGCUGCUGUUCGAUCUUGCUUGUCGACCUUCGACGUCUUCCUCAAUUCGAGCUCGUUGGUGGACCCCGCACCUUUGAAGCCAAUCUCAGAUCCAAGUAUCAGGAGUCAGGUACAGAGUGGCGCCCUCCACCUGUUGGCCGAAGAUUACGAAAUCAUCGUCGCAGAAUUGCGGAAAGAGGAUGGUGCUGCCGGGUCGGAUGCGAACUCAACCCUGCUUCAGAGGAGUCCGAUGGAUGUUAGAUUGUUGCUCGGGCUCGACAUUUGA